CCGCCGAGAGAGAGAGAGAGAGAGAAACCGAGACCCGGAGGGAGGGAGGGAGACGGUGGCACCGAAGGCGCCGGGCGGGACUGCCUGAGCGCAGUGCUCGGUGUGUGGGGAGGGAGGGGGAAAUUAAAACAAAAAAAAAUAAUAAAAAAAUUAAAACAUUUAAAUUAAAAAAAAAAAAAAAAAAGAAGAAGAAGAAGUGAGGGAGGGUUAGAAGGAGAGCGCUUCAACUUUUUCUCUCUCUGUCCAGCAAGGUGUUCUGGAGUUUUAAACGACUUUGCAGCAAGGCUUCACAAACUCUUAGCUGCAUCCUUUAAUCAUGACUGCAUUUCAAAUAGGUUAAAAGGAAUCUGAGAGAUCAUGGGGAAUUCAUAUGCAGGGCAACUAAAAUCUGCCCGUUUUGAAGAAGCUCUUCAUAACUCCAUAGAAGCUUCUCUGCGAUGUAGCAGCGUUGUCCCCCGACCAAUCUUCUCACAGCUCUACCUGGAUCCUGACCAGCCUCCUUUCUUGCCGGAAGGUAACCAUGAAAAUGUGAAGCCAAAGGUGGAGGAGUUGGAUAAAGAGUUAGUACAUCGCUAUUCACAAAAUGGAAACCUGGACUUUUCUACCAACCAAGCUGUUAAUGAAAUGGAAGAUGAAGAAGAGGAUGAAGACAUGUCAGAUUCAAGUAGUCCACCAAUCCCAUAUUCGCAAAAACCUGCCCCGGAAGGGUCUUGCACUACUGAUGGUUUUUGUCAAGCAGGCAAGGAUUUACGUUUAGUAUCUCUAUGCAUGGAGCAAAUCGAUAUCCCAGCAGGCUUCCUGUUAGUAGGAGCCAAAUCUCCCAACCUUCCUGAGCACAUUCUAGUCUGCGCUGUUGACAAGCGGUUUUUGCCAGAUGAUCAUGGAAAAAAUGCACUUUUAGGAUUUUCCGGGAAUUGUAUAGGCUGUGGAGAAAGAGGAUUUCGAUACUUCACGGAAUUUUCCAACCAUAUCAACCUGAAAUUGACUACUCAGCCAAAGAAGCAGAAGCACUUAAAGUACUACCUAGUAAGAAGCUCCCAAGGCGUACUGUCAAAGGGACCCCUUAUUUGCUGGAAAGCUGCUUCAUUUGCAGAAUGUAGAAGCAGGCAAUCAUCUGCUGCUAGCCUCUCUGCUAAACCAAAUUCUUCGGUGUCACCGUCCACGACCCCAGAGGGUGGAUCAGCUAAUGGAUACAAAUCAGGGUUCACUCAGACAGAUUCUUCAGUAUUCAGUCCAGCAAAAUCAUCUUCUGCUGUUAACUUAAGUGGAACGCAAGACCAAUCCCGAAACAAGAACAUUGUGAAGCCUCUAGCUCUGUCAGUUCAGCUUGUAGGAAAGACAUUUACUGCAGCUCCUCUUUCAUUGCGUGCCACUGAUGUUGCUAAUGGAAACGCUAAUGGAGGAAGAAAUAACGCACUGAAUUCUACAGUCUCCCGGCCAAUGCCUCACUCGACAUCUCCAAGUCCUGGCUGUGCAGCUGGAGACCAAGCAUCAAUGUCCAGUACUGGACCACCAAAGAAACGUCACCGGGGCUGGUCUCCUGGGUCCCCAGUCCCACCUCCUGGUUUAGCAGUACCUGUUCCUACAAUUCGACCUUCAACGAGAACAGAGCCUCUUUUGUCAGUCCCAGUUCCUCAAUCCAUGUUAACUGGAAUUUUACAGCCUCAACCCAUCCCAGCAGGGGAGACUGUAAUAGUUCCUGAAAACCUGCUGAAUAACUCAGGAGUUAGACCAGUGAUUCUGAUAGGUUAUGGCACUUUACCUUAUUUCUAUGGGAAUGUUGGUGAUAUUGUUGUAAGUCCCUUGCUGGUGAAUUGCUACAAGAUUCCACAGCUGGAAAACAAGGAUUUGGAUCUCUUGGGUUUGUCCAGCAGUCAGCUUCUAAGUGUGGAGAAUAUGAUACUCCUAACUAUUCAAUAUCUUGUCCAACUAGGUCCUGACCAGAUACCCCUGAGGGAAGAAUUUGAGCAGAUCAUGUUGAAAGCUAUGCAGGAGUUCACUCUGAGAGAGCGAUCCUUGCAAAUGAGCGCACAGUGUAUCUCUGUGUCACCAGGUCAACUCCCUUGGCUUGCCAGGUUAAUCGCUAGCGUGUCUCGGGACCUCGUGCAUGUGGUUGUUACCCAGAAUUCCCUGGCAGAGGGCAUCUCGGAGACCUUGAGGUCUCUCAAUGAAAUGAAACAUCAGCAAAAGCUACCAGAUUAUGUAGUUGCCAUUUGUGCAUCAAAGAUAAGAGGAAAUGAGUUCUGUGUAGUAGUUCUAGGUCAGUAUCAAUCUCGGGCACUUGCAGAAAGCAUGCUUACCACCAGUGAAUUUUUAAAAGAGAUCAGUUAUGAGCUCAUCACAGGGAAAGUUAGUUUCCUGGCAUCACAUUUCAAAAACACAUCUUUAGGUGAUGAUUUGGACAAACUGCUGGAGAAGAUGCUACAGCAGCGAGGGGAAAGUGUCAUUAUACCUUUUAAUGGAGAUGUUAGCGAGUGUGUGUCAUCUCAGGAGGCGAUUGCCAUGGUUUCUACACAAGAACCAGAUUUGGAUGUUGAUACCUUCCAAAUUUACCAGCCACAGCUUACAGUUGCCAGAAAGCUCUUGUCCCAGGUUUGUGCUAUAGCAGACAGUGGCAAUCAGAGCCUGGAUCUGGGCCACUUCAGCAAAGUGGACUUCAUCGUUAUAGUUCCCCGUUCUGAAGUCCUGGUGCAGCAGACCCUUCAACGUAUUCGACAAUCAGGUGUCCUUGUGGACUUGGGCCUAGAAGACAAUGGAACAGCGUAUCAGAAAGCCGAGAAAUACGUGGUUCGUUUAGACAAUGAGAUUCAAACAAAAUUUGAAGUUUUCAUGAGACGAGUGAAGCAGAAUCCCUAUACACUCUUUGUGCUGGUUCAUGACAAUGCCCACGUGGAUUUAACAAGUGCCAUUUCAAGUUCCCUGUCACAUGGUGAGCCUAAUCAUGGUCUGGCUGAUAGAGUUAUUAAUUGCAGGGAGGUGCUUGAAGCAUUCAACCUCCUUGUUCUUCAGGUCAGCUCUUUUCCUUAUGCCUUGCAAACUCAGCAGUCCAGGAUCAGUUCUAGCAAUGAGGUACAUUGGAUACAAUCUGACACUGUGGAUGAUGCAGCAAGUGAAGACAAGCUAUACUUUGGUUUGAAUGAAUACAGCAAAUCCCUCCAGUGGGGAAUCACAAGUCCCCUUCUGAGAUGUGAUGAAACUUUUGAAAAAAUGGUCAACACACUUUUAGAAAGGUACCCCCGGCUGCACAGCAUGGUGAUUCGCUGCUACCUUCUCAUUCAGCAGUAUUCCCAAGCUCUGAUGGCUCUCACCACCAUGGCAUCACUGAGAGAUCACAGCACACCCGAAACGCUCAGCAUAAUGGAUGACCUUAUCACUUCUCCAGGAAAGGAUAAGAAUGGCUGUGGCCACAUGCUUGUCAUUAGGGUGCCGUCGGUGCAGCUGGCCAUGCUGGCCAAGGAGAGGUUACAAGAAGUAAGAGACAAGUUGGGACUGCAGUAUCGUUUUGAGAUCCUCCUUGGGAAUCCUGCCUCAGAGCUCACUGUUGCGAAACACUUCGUGACACGGCUGAAGGCUUGGAGGGGCAAUGAGCAGGAUGACUGGAUUCCUCGUACCUAUCAGGAUCUGGAAGGUCUACCUUGCAUUGUUAUUCUAACUGGCAAAGACCCUCUGGGAGAAACUUUCCCCAGGUCGUUGAAAUACUGCGACCUUCGGCUAAUUGACUCAAGCUACUUAACUCGUACUGCCUUAGAGCAGGAAGUAGGCUUGGCAUGCUGCUAUGUCUCAAAGGAGGCAAUUCGAGGGCCUAUUGUUGCUCUUGACCUCAGUGAGAAGGAGCAGGAGAAGGCUAAUGGUAGCGAGAAUGACUCUGAUGAGCUGCUGAUAGACUUGGACCGACCCCAGAGUAAUAGCAGCGCUGUCACUGGAACCUCAGGUUCCCUGGCUGACAAUGGCGUGAGCUCCUCAAGUGCGACAGACAAGUCUCAGAAGCAGGCACCAUCGCUUAACUUUCAGGCUGUGGCACACAGCUCUGUAGAUGAGGGAACUUACUCCAGUUUUACAGCUGGAGAGACCCUGAAACAAGAAUGCGACUCCCUGGGUAACCAGAUGGCGAGCAGCACCACUUCGAAACUGUCAUCACUGUCUUCAGUCUCCCAAAUGUUUCAGUGGCCUGCCCAUUCCGCCAAAGACAGCAAGGCCCUUCGUGUUGCCCUGCCACGCAUUGUCAUCCUGUCCAAAGCUGCCUACUGUCUCCUGAGCUCGCAGAAAAGUGGGAAUUUGCCUUCCUCCUCUUCCCUCCUGCCUCAUGCUGAUGUGUCUUGGCUGAGCUCUCUAAGGCCUCUGCUUCACAAGGACAUGAACAGUGAAGAGCAGUCUCUGUACUACAGGCAGUGGACAACAGCCCGGCAGCACCACGCAGACUUCAGCAAUCAGGGUGAGGCGUCUGGCGCCAGGAGCUUUCACCCCAGGCGACUGCUUUUGACAGGACCACCACAAGUUGGAAAGACUGGUUCAUACUUGCAGUUCCUAAGGAUUCUCUUCCGCAUGCUGAUCCGGUUGCUGGAAGUGGAUGUGUAUGAUGAAGAAGAGAUUAAUGCCAAUCAUACAGAAAACAGUGAAAUUACUCAGUCUAGCAAUGACCACUGGCCAGACAUUGAGAUCUUCAGCAAAAUAUCUUUUGACCUGAGUGUACAUGACCCCAAGUACAGAAAUAUAAGUCCUGUAUACACAGAACAACUCUCAAGAGUGAAACAAGAAGCCAACAAAGAAGCAAAAUCAGAGGAACCUAAGAAAAGGGAGACUGUGUCCAUGAUGCUGACUAAAUACGCAGCUUACAAUACGUUCCAUCACUGUGAGCAGUGCCAUCAGUACAUGGACAUUAAUCCUGCUGCACAGGUAUCUGAUUCCACUCUGCAUGCAUUCACGUUUUCAUCCUCGAUGCUAGGAGAAGAGGUUCAACUGCAUUUUAUAAUCCCGAAGUCGAAAGAGAACCACUUUGUCUUCAGCAAGCAGGGAAAACAUCUAGAAAGCAUGCGACUCCCACUCGUUUCUGACAAGCAGAAUUUGAAUGCAGUCAAGAGUCCUAUCUUCACUCCAUCGAGUGGACGUCAUGAACACGGCCUCUUGAACCUCUACCAUGCCAUGGAAGGCAUCAGCCACCUGCACCUCCUUGUAGUCAAGGAGUAUGAAAUGCCUCUCUACCGUAAAUACUGGCCCAACCACAUCAUGCUUGUCCUGCCAGGCAUGUUCAACAAUGCUGGAGUUGGUGCUGCCAGGUUUCUCAUUAAGGAACUUUCCUAUCACAAUCUAGAACUGGAACGAAACCGCUUGGAGGAACUGGGAGUCAAGCGCCAGUGUGUGUGGCCAUUCAUUGUGGUCAUGGAUGACUCCUGUGUCCUGUGGAACAUGCACAGCGUCCACGAGCAGUCCAGCCGGUCCCUGGAACCUGGGAGUUUCAGCAAGAAUGUGUCUCUGAAAAGUGUCCUCCAACACAUUGAAGCCACCCCCAAAAUUGUUCAUUAUGCAAUACUGGGUGUUCAGAAAUGGAACAGCAAGCUGAAUACCAGGAAAGCAAAGGCUCCAUUCUCUAGGUGCCAUGUGCGUGAUUUUAUACUGCUCAACAUAGACCUGACCCAGAAUGUGCAAUAUGAUCUAAAAAGGUAUUUCUGUGAAGAUGUAGAUUUUAAUCUGCGGACAAACAGCAGUGGCCUCCUCAUCUGCCGCUUCAACAACUUCAGUGUCAUGAAGAAACAUAUUCAGGUUGGAGGACAAAAGGACUUUGUCGUUAAGCCAAAAAUCAUGGUUUCGGACAGCGUGGCACCAAUAAUGCCUCUUCAGUAUGUCUGUGCCCCUGACAGUGAGCAUACAUUGCUGGCAGCCCCAUCUCAGUUCCUCCUGGAGAAAUUCCUUCAACAUGCGACAUACAAACUCUUCCCAAAGGCCAUUCAUAACUUCAAGAACCCGGUAUUGGCCAUCGACUGCUACCUGAACAUUGGGCUUGAGGUGGCUAUAUGCUAUAUUAGUUCUCGCCCACACUCAGUCAAUGUCAACUGUGAAGGGGUGUUCUUCAGUGGACUUCUGCUCUAUCUCUGUGACUCCUUCGUUGGUGCAGACCUCCUCAAGCGGUUCAGGUUUCUGAAAGGUGCCACCCUGUGUGUCAUAUGUCAAGACAGAAGCUCAUUACGGCAGACGAUAGUCCGGUUGGAGUUGGAGGAUGAAUGGCAGUUCCGACUUCGGGACGAGUUUCAAACUGCUAACAGUAGUGAUGACGAACCACUCUAUUUUCUUACUGGACGCCAUAUAUAAGCCUUGCUAAGACACUGCUAAAGAAAAAAAGAACUUUUUUUUUUUUUAAAAAAAAAGUACAAUCACUGUGGAGCAAAGUGCAACCGAUAUUUAUCUAGACUGCUCUAAAGGAUUCCCCACAAUUCUGAAGUAGGCUUUAUUCCUUGGGAUAAAUUACCACAUCAGUUAUGAUUUAAAGGAUCUUGGAUUCCAGUUAUUUUCACAUCAGUCACAACUGCCAACACUAAUCACACAGCCAACCAAGCUGUAGGAUCUGGGAAGAAGAUUUUGUUUGGUUGAAGAAGAAUCCUUUUAAUAUUCAGCUGAUUUAGGGGAAGAAGCUGCUCUCCUCUUGCAGCUGCUAGCUUGAAUGUGUUACAUGAAAUGCACCCCAGCAUGUGAGAUUUAUUGAAGAUAGGUGGAGGAGAGCCCACCGUGUCUCUUCAGCUCUGUGCUGUGGUACAGGAAUACUCAGGGGUUUGAAACUACAGUAUAAAGUAGAUAUUUGUAUUAAAAGGAAUAGCCUUGUUCUCUGUGCAGUGUUAGUUUAAAAUUUGUAAUUGUGUACGUAUUGAAACUGUCUUUGGCAAAAUUUCCACAGGUGUUCAAAGUUUACUACUUAAACCUGAACAAAUGGGCAAACACAUGAUAGGCACUGUGCACCCCAGUUCUCCUGGCAAUGGUAUUUUGCCCAGUAGGCGCCCCCUCCUCAACUCCAGGGAUGAAGCAAAGGCUUCUCGUAGCUGCUCUCUCUUCACUUAGAGGCCAGAGUAACUUCCCAGCAAAUCACCUUCAGUUUCUCACUCCCCUCAGAGCUUUGAAAACUUGCGGUCCAUCCUCCUUUGCAUAUGGAAACGUGUCCUCCUGUCCGUCCGGUGCCUUUGUGGUGGGCUGUGCGCAACUCACUCUCCAUUUCCUUUACACUCAGCUCCAGUUGGCUGCAGAACUGAGAUUAGGUCUGUGGUACCCAUAGAUGAAGCAACAUACCAAAAAACGUGCAGGACACUAAUGAUGCCUGAGCUGGAUCCAAGGGAAACAGAAAGUAUUCUAUUAGUAGUUCCGAGGGGAGCAGGGGAGAAGUCCAAGGGAGCUGGGACUGCUCACGAGAGACUCUCCAGAAGCAAAGAUGUGUAAAUGCAUCACCUAACACUGUCCUCCCUGUAAAUCUGUAAAUACUGGCUAUGCAGCAGCCGCACAUUAUUCUACUUACAAGCGCAAUACUCACUGAUCCUUGUAAGGUGUUCUGGAAGGAACUUGGUGCCGUUGCAUUUGUUUGUCAGGGUUAAAUCGUAGCAGUCCCCUGUUCCCCUCGCACAAUUGGCAGGCAUUGCCUUGAUGAGGUUUCCAUACAAACACAACAAUCUUUCUGCACAUCAUGGUCCCUUUAUUAAAAGGAAAAAUGCAGAGUGUUUUUUAAAUGCUAUUCAUGAAUACAAAUUUACUCUCCAAAAAGCAAUGAAAUUACCACAUCUUUAUACCUGACCUGCAACUCAUUGGAGAAGGACCUGCCAAAGCUGCAUUUUUUUAACACAUAGUGUUAAUUAAGCAACUUUUUUUAUCUUGUGAAAAGAGAUGUUUACAGAUGAAAAAACAUAAUAUAUUUGACAGAGGCCAAAGGAAAAUGGUUUGCAUAUGUCUGUGUUGACGUAGCAUAUCUCCGAUGCUGUAAAUUUAGCAAAUCUCAGAUGAACAUCCCAUCUCUGUAAAGUUAUUUUUUAUUUUCCUUCAGACACAACCUGCCUUAUCUAUUUUAACACUGGGAAGAAGCAGGGAUAUAAAAGAUACUUCUUGAAGCGCUUGAUACACACAUGAAUGUAUUCCAGUAGUUCUGGUUUUGCCAGAAAGGCUUAAGGCCAACCCCGACUCUUAGUGUGGUUUAGAAGUGUCAGGUAUUACAUGUUAAAAAAUGGUUUUCUUUUUGUUUGUGUAUUUGAUGUUUGCACUAAGUUCUUAAAAUUCCAGGUGCUGAGACUACUCGGAGGAAUUAGCCUGCUGGUGAAGCAGUGCAAAAUUUUCCUGAAGGUUGAGAGUGCAUUUAGAAAAUCAGCAUAUUUGCCUGCCUUUACCAACUAACAGUAAACCCGUUUCUUCAGUGCUCUCCCCUGCAGAAGCAAGGAGUUUUGGUAAUGCUCUGGCCAGAGCACACUACACCAGCCCAAACAGCGCAGGCCUGUCCCAUGGAACACUUUAACCGGCUGCCUAUGAAUUCCUGGGAAGGAGACCCUUGUUUGACAGCCAGAUGAUUGCUAUCCAUUUUGGUUUUAAGCCUCGCCAUCAAGGCCAUUCUUAUGAAUGUAUUAAAUUGGCUAGCAUUAUAUCUUACCUGUAGAUGUUCUUGUCUAUUCACAGGUUAAAACUGAAUGUAAACUAAGAUUUAAAGAAUCAUAUGCAGAUGCUUUUUGCUUAACUUAUGUAAUUGCUUUUUGUGACUUUUGGAAGAGGGUUAAAAAUGUUGCUUUCCUAGUGUAAAGUUUUCUUAACCAAAAACUUGGUGAAUUUAGCUUCACUAGUCAGUCUACCUCAUGUUAUUGUUUAUGAACUGAAACUGUCUGAAGUUGUGGCUAUGGUAUGUUUAUAAUGUGCUUUCAUUAAAUUUGAUUAUAUUAAGUUACCA